AUUGCGCUUUCAGGGAAUAAACGCAGCGCCACUGUCAGUGCCCUGAACUAAUACGGGAGCCUGAGGAAGACCAACAUUCAUUGCCAAUGCGGGAUUAUUGCUCUAAAGUCAAGAGAACUGCCCUGGCGAGCCACGGUUGUUUUUUUUCUCUCUAUCUUUUUUUCCAGUUGGAUCUCUCUCCAUACAUAUAUUUUUGAUCAGUACUGCAAAGUUGGUACUUUCAGGUCAAUCACUUUUUAUUGGCUUUUAAACCGUCCAGAUUAACUUCAAGCAACGCCGUCCAGAAAUGAAAUAAAGAUUAGUCCAUUGAGGGUGGAUGCUACUUUUUCUCUGUAUCCCGGCGGCCCUCUAGUUCCCUUAAACAAAAGUAAUCUAUCGCACGGGAGCGGAUGCGAUCUGGAAUCAUCUCGAGUAGAAAGCAGACCCAUUUCUGAUUAUAUAAUGCUUAUUGAGACUUAUCCAGCGAACCCUGGCAAUCUUUGCACUAACACCAGAUCACUCUUAAGCCAUAUUUGAUAGUGAUUUUGGGGAGCGGGUCUGCGCUCUUGCCCCGUCUCCGGUGAGCAGCCUGCAGCCGAUAGGAAGAUGAGGCUUUUUUGCCUGAGCGGUGCCUGUCUGCUGGUGAGCCUGGUGUCUGCCGGUUCUACUCCGUCCCCCGCAGCAGGAACCUCGGGCCCCUUCACAGCCAGCUCCUGCACAACGUGCGGCAUCGGGCAGCCCGAGGAGCUCCGCAAGACGGACACGGUCUUCUUGGAAGCCGUCAAGCGGCAUAUCUUAAACCGGCUGCAGAUGAAAGAGAGGCCGAACAUCACGCACCCUGUCCCCAAAGCCGCAAUGAUCACGGCUCUGAGGAAGUUACAUGCUGGGAAAUUGAAAGAGGACGGCAGACUGGAGAUCCCGAACCUGGACGGCCAUGCGACCUCUGUCUCCAGGAAGGAUCUACUGGAACAAACCUCAGAGAUCAUCAGCUUUGCUGAAACAGAUGAGCUGGCUUCAUCCAAAUCACGCCUGUACUUUAUGAUCUCAAGCGAGGGGAACCAGAAUCUCUUUGUCCAGCAAGCCAAUUUGUGGCUCUACUUCAAGCUGCUCCCGUCUAAGACUGUAAAGGGCACCAGGCGCAAAGUGAGAGUGAAGAUCUAUCUCCAAGAAGCUGGGAGCUCCAACAAGAGGGCGUCGGUUGAAAAGAGGGUGGACCUCAAGCGAAGCAGCUGGCACACUUUCCCCUUGACCGAGCACAUCCAGGCGCAGUUCCAGAAGGGAGAGAGGAGGCAUGACCUGGAAGUCCACUGCGAGGGCUGCGAGAGCUUGGCGGUGACUCCCACCUUGGUGGACAGCACCGACGAAUCCCACCGACCCUUCCUGGUGGUCCAGGCUCGCACUCUGGACUCCAAGCACCGAAUCCGCAAGCGAGGGCUGGAGUGCGAUGGUCGGACCGACCUGUGCUGCAGACAACAGUUUUACAUCGAUUUCCGACUCAUCGGCUGGAACGACUGGAUCAUCGCUCCUACGGGUUACUACGGCAACUACUGCGAGGGGAGCUGUCCGGCGUACAUGGCCGGGGCGCCGGGUUCCGCCUCGUCCUUCCACACGGCUGUGGUGAACCAGUACAGAAUGCGAGGCAUGAACCCCGGCUCCAUGAACUCCUGCUGUAUCCCCACCAAACUCAGCACCAUGUCCAUGCUCUACUUCGACGACGAGUAUAAUAUCGUGAAGAGGGACGUGCCCAACAUGAUCGUGGAGGAGUGCGGCUGUGCAUGAGAGAGGCUCCAAGGGCGCAAGUUUUCAAAGAGAAAUCUGUCUUUUUAUUUCCCCUCAGAGAGUGGGUUCGUUGUCGCGCCACUGUCACCCAGCUGAAUUUACCAGGUCGCCGACUUAAUUAAACCACCCAGAUUUUGUAAUUUUGGGGUCGACUGUGAUUCCAAAGGUCCCCGCUUGACUUGCAGCCAUUACAGAUGAAGGUGAAAGGCUGCACGUUGUGUGCGCGGCUCGCUUCGACGGUACCCCGCAGAGUGAAGUCAUUCCUUUUUUGUCGACUUGGUGCGGAGCGGAGGCUGAUGGCGACUCCCUGCAAGUAGCAAAACACACAUUAGUGAUGUAUUUAAGUGGGGCUAGAGACGCCGUUAAAGCGGAGGUUUAUUCACAGGCAUUCCGCUUCCCUGAAUCAAAACAAAAAUAAUCGAACGUUUAAUUAUUUAUACCGCAAAAGAAAACUUCUGUGUUACAUUAUGACAAGGCUGGGUGUGCAUAAUCGGAGUGUUCUGCCGGUGGAUUACUCCUCAAUUUGAUUCGGAGAGAGAGUGGGGAUUGAGAUACCUCUCUGGAGAAACCUGCAAUACACAUCUUUGUUUUUCAGCGAAUGAACUAUAAUCCCACCUCCUCCUACUCUCAAUAACGUCUGCUCCGUGUGUUGCUACACUGCAGGCAUGUGGGAACACUGGGGUCUCUGUUCUCUAAUCUGACUGUGCCUGCAAUCGGGACGGGCGAGUCUCAAUAGAAACUUUCUGGCGAUGAUUUCACAAGUUUUCACCAACUCAAAGGAAAACAUCGAUUCGACCAAUUUUAAUGCAAUCGUACUUCAGUUGUGCAUUGGAACACAUAUUUUGUCCUUCCCUUUUAUCUUCCUUCUACUGCUCACCUGUCUCUC